UGUUGACUUUUUCUCCCAUAUUGUUUAUAGUUUGAUCAACAGGAGAAAUCAAUCCUUGGUGAUGUUCAUGCAUUUUGUCUGCCAUGUUUUACAUUUGGUUGUAUUUUUGUCAUUCACUUUAGUGUUUCCAACUACCAGUGGUGAUGGAUUGUGUUGUGAGGACCUGUUGACAUAACAACAGAGUCAAUUUGAAGACAGAUUAUGUCUGUGGUUCUUCCUGUUGACAUGAAAAAGCCAAAUUAGUACUUUCCUGGACUUGUGAUGGUUUACGUGAACGGGAUUGGAUUUUAACUAAUAAUAGCCUUCUAAAAGGCCAAUUUCACUGAAUACUACAUUGGAUUAGAUUAAGAUACAAAUAAAUGUUUAAUUUAUGUAAUCAGAGUAAUCAGGAUUUGGUACCACUUUCUGACCUACAUGUCAUUCUGUCUCGUACUAAAAGAUUGUCCAACAUUAUAUACUUAUUGGGACCUGGUCCUCCCAGUGUCAACAUAUUUUCUGCCAGUUGAUUGUCCAGUGAACAAAGAAGGAAGAACCAUACAACAAAUAAUUUAAAAAAAUAAUUCUGUAAAAUGCUCAUUUAAGUGCUCUGAAUUGUCUUCUUUCGGCACAGCAGCUCAACAUCCUGUCAGCCAUACUGAUGACGUCAAUCGUAGCUAACGUACCUACACUGUAGGUAAAACCCAGGUUUCCACCGCGGGCUGUGUCUGUGCGCGUGCGCUACCUAGCCGCCAGAGUGUGGUCUCUGUUGGAUGUUUCCGUGUUUCCGUAAGUUACUUUCAAAACAAAAGCACGAAGAACGAAAGCAAUGGCUUUUAAAAAUGGUUUUCAAGAAAUUUAAGUUUUUGAUGCAAUGACAUAAACGGUCGUGUAUAAAGUAAACAAUUCUAAGUAACACUGAACGCCACCGACUGGGUACGUGAAAAUCACUUGCCCAAAUGUUUUAAAGAAAUCCAAAGAUGUUUUAGUUAUUUACAGAAGCAAUCGUUUGGCACGUGUCAAGAGGCACGGUUGGAUUUUAUUUUUUAAUUAAUAGAAAUCAUUAUAAUCGAUAUAGUUAAAAUUGUUUUAUUUUGUCUCUCUAUUGGAAAGGGACUUUUAAUGUGUAAAGACUUACCCGGAAGUAAUGAUAGCCUAUCGUUCUCAGAUGAGCCUGUUUGAGUCACUAUCAUCUUCUCACGCUUCUCUCAGAUACAUACAGCGGCUUUGUCGCUUUGCAGUUGGAGACAGCGUUGAGUGUGUGCAGCCGAGCUCCCGGAGGCUGACAGGGAUUUGUCAGUUCGUCGCAUCUUUGCACUGCUCCUGUGUGCGACGCCAGUUGUGAAAAGUGAGUGCCAUGACUGGAGCUGAGACUGAAGAUGGCGUUCCGAUGGGGGAGAGGAAAACGGUAACAGAUUUCUGCUACCUCCUGGACAAGUCCAAACAACUUUUCAAUGGACUAAGAGACCUCCCUCAGUAUGGACACAAGCAGUGGCAGUCCUACUUUGGACGGACCUUCGAUGUCUACACCAAACUGUGGAAAUUCCAGCAGCAGCACAGGCAAGUCUUGGACAGACGGUACGGCUUAAAGAGAUGGCAGAUCGGUGAAGUUGCAUCCAAGAUCGGACAGCUUUACUAUCAUUAUUACCUUCGUACAUCUGAAACCAGUUACCUGAACGAGGCCUUUUCCUUCUACUCUGCCAUCCGUCAGCGGUCGUACUAUUUUCAAGUGAACAAAGAAGAUAGACCAGAGCUGGUGGUGAAGAAGCUUCGAUAUUACGCUCGCUACAUUGUUGUUUGUUUACUGCUUAACAAGAUGGAUUUGGUCAAAGUUUUGGUUAAAGAGUUGUCUGAGGAAAUUGAAGAAUACACGCGGCGCUUUAACACAGAAGAUCAAGUGGAGUGGAACCUGGUUCUACAAGAAGUGGCGGCUUUUGUUGAGGCAGAUCCAGUUGUAGUACUGAAUGAAAGCAAUUCUGCUCUUGUGAUCAGCAGUCGGCUGCAGGAAGGAAGUGUGCCCCCCCUGGAACAAGGCAUGGUGGUUGGGCAGCUCAUCCUUGCAGAUGUUCUUAUUGUUGGCAACUGUAACAAUCAGGUAAAGUUCAGUGAACUCACCAUUGAUAUGUUCAGGAUGCUUCAAGCUCUGGAAAGAGAACCUGUGAACCUGGCCACACAGACCUCCAAACAAGGACUGCUUGAACCCAAUGAAAAGCCGGCCAAACGGGAGAAUCCUCACAAGUAUUUGCUGUACAAACCAACUUUCAGCCAGUUAAUCACCUUCCUGUCUGCCUCCUUUAAGGAAUUGCCAGCCAACUCUGUUCUUCUGGUUUACCUGUCAGCUACCGGUGUGUUUCCUGUUGGACAUUCAGACUAUGAAGGCCCGUACGACUUUGGUGGAGUUCUCACAAAUACAAAUCGAGAUGUGGUGAACGGUGAAACAACGCAGAAGAAAAAUCAGGCCCAGAAAGAAAUGCACUGUCUUCAUCCAGGAGAUUUAGUCCCUUUCACUCGGAAGCCACUCUUUGUCAUUGUGGAUUCUUCCAACAGCAUGGCCUACAAGAAUUUCACAAACCUGUUUGGACAGCCUCUGGUCUGCCUGUUAUCUCCUACAACAUAUCCCAAAAGUGUCCAAGAUCAGUCUCAGCAUGGGAGUCUCUUCACUCUGUUCCUCUACAACCCUCUGCUGGCCUUCACCUCUGUUUGUGGUUUAAACAGUGUGCAGCGAGGAUCUUGGAACAGAGCUCAAGAGUUUCUGUAUAAAGUCUACCAGGACAUUGGACAGAUGAUCACCAGGUCACAGACUAUAGAUCAGGCCUUUUUGCAGUUCUUUGGUGAUGAGUUUCUGCGACUGAUUUUGAUCCGCUUUGUGUUCUGCUCAGCUGUACUCAGACUGCAUAAACGCUUUCAGGAGUCCCAGAGUUUCCCAGAGUCCUACCCUGAGCUGCCUAAACAGGACACGGUGGAGAACAGCUUCCUACACAAACAUAUUCUGGACCUCGCGUCCAUGCUCAAUGUGCAGAGCCUUUUUUUGGCACAGUUCACUUGAAGACAACCCUUAACUUUACAAACAUCUAAAUAUUAUCUUGUAUAAUGUAAAUGACUGUACAUAUGGACCCGACUGUCCCAGCACCAACAGUUGCCCUCUCUGUUCAGCGGGAUGAUUUUAUGGCUAAAUAAAAACCAAAUUUACAAAGGUUUAUUUCCUGGGUUUAUUGAAUUUUAACUUGUAGCAAAUGCACAUACGUUUUUGUGCAACUUCUCAAUUUUUAUCCUCGUUAAUGUGCUUUUUCAUGUGUAUUCUUAAAAGUUAAAAAGAGGAAAUGUUGACUGUGCUGCUGGGAACUAAAAAAAAAAAAAAGAUGAGGUACUCGCUGUGAAAACAUCUAAAGUUGUGUGGUGUGGUCCAAUAUUACAGUAUUUCAUGGAAACAAAGCCGCACCGUGUAUACGCUGUAA